AUGGAGGCCCCCAAGCCGCCGCCGGAGUACUACCGGCUCCGGAGGGAGGUCAAGAAGAAGCAGAACGAGGUGCGGGGCCUCCGGAAGAGGUGGUGGGCGAACCGCAAGGAGUUCGAGGGCAUGGUGGAGAAGACCGAGAGCGCGGCGAGGCAGGCUGCCGCGGAGGAGGCCGGCGAGGGCGAGGAGGAGGCAGGCGUGUUCGGCCUCACCCUCAGCAUGACCGGAAAGCUCUCCGCAGGUGGCGCAGACGCGGCCACGGCCAUGCUCAAGAUCGACGAUCCUCGCCAGGCUGGCCGGAGGACGGACGCGCGCCUCCCGACCGCUUGGCAGCCGUGGCUCGCCAGGCGCGACGCCCCAGGGACCGCGAGGCGCGCCGCCGCCCGGGUCGCGCCCAACUUCCAGCACUGGGGCCGGCCCGACGAGCCGCGCGGCGCCGCCGGCGGCGCCAACAGCCCCAGGCGCAAAGCCACCGGCGCCUCCGUCGCGGCGGGCCUCGCGGGGGCGUUCAGAGGCGGCUCCUUGGACGGGCUGUUCGACGCGGGCAGCCUCGGGGCGGUCGGCCUCGGGGCGGCCGGCCUCGGGGCGAGCGGCCUCGGGACGUCCAGAGGGCGCGGGUCGCCGGGGGGCCCUGGCCAGGGCCGCGCUGGGCCCGCGGCGGAAGCUCGGCUGCGCUUCGAGGGCCUGAAGAAGGCCCUGAGCCGCGGAAGAUCAGAAGAGCCGCGCCGCAGCGUGGAGGUGGGAGGGCUGCUUGCCGAAUCUGUGCAGGCGCUGAGACCGCCGUGA